CCUUAGAGGCUUCUGUACUAGGCCUAGCCCACACAGCUAACGCUAGCUAACGAACCAACCACAGAGGAAAGCUAGCUAACCCCAUAAUAAGGUUCAAUGGCGUUGGUGUCGGCAGAUACAAAAAUUGCCGAGCUGCUGACUGAGCUCCAUCAACUAAUAAAGCAAACUCAGGAGGAGCGUUCACGCAGUGAGCACAACCUGCUCAACAUCCAGAAGACACAUGAAAGAAUGCAGACAGAAAACAAGAGUCAGUCGACAUGUCCUAGUACUUCACCAUACUAUCGGACAAAACUCCGGGGGUUGUACACCACAGCAAAAGCAGAUGCAGAAGCAGAGUGCAGUAUACUGCGGCAUGCUCUUGACAAGAUUGCAGAAAUUAAAUCGCUACUGGAAGAGAGACGAAUUGCUGCGAGAAUGGCAGGGGUCUACAAUGACAGUGACCCACCCAGAAAGACCAUGCGGCGAGGCGUUCUGAUGACUCUACUCCAGCAGUCUGCCAUGACGCUUCCACUCUGGAUAGGCAAGCCAGGCGAAAGUCCGCCUCCUCUGUGUGGGGCCAUUCCUGCAAGCAGUGAUUACGUGGCUAAACAGGGGGACAAGGUGGCAGCUCGAGUGAAGGGUGUAGACGGAGAUGAACAGUGGAUCCUGGCUGAGGUUGUCAGCUACAGCCACUCCACCAACAAGUAUGAAGUGGAUGACAUUGAUGAGGAAGGAAAAGAGAGGCACACGCUGAGUCGGAGAAGAAUCAUCCCGCUGCCACAGUGGAAAGCUAACCCAGAGACAGACCCUGAGGCCUUAUUCAGCAAAGACCAGCUGGUGCUGGCCCUCUACCCACAGACCACCUGCUUCUACAGAGCGCUCAUUCAUACCCCUCCACACCGGCCCCAGGACGACUAUUCAGUGCUGUUUGAAGACACUUCAUAUGCAGAUGGCUAUUCACCACCUCUCAAUGUUGCCCAGAGAUAUGUGGUGGCCUGUAAGGAGACCAAGAAGAAGUAAAGAAGAUGAAAAGUAGACUUUUGACUGUUUCUGUUAACUGUUUGAGAAUGGAAGUGCUGUUUUAGUAUCAGACCUAUCUGUUGGUUAUGGUCACCUCAUUGGUUCUUGGACCAAUACACAAAUACAGAAAUGAUGUUUGACUGUGAAUGACAUUGAAUAACAUUACAAUCUGUGUGAAUGGAGAAUUAAACUGCAGCUGUUGUAAAUCAGGACUGUGUUCAUGAAUCAGGUCUGUGACCCUGUUUUGUUCUAUUGUUUUUGGUGUUCUACCAUGUAAAUGUUGUAUAUUGUUUUUUGUACCACAAUAAAUAUUCCUGUCGGUUUGGUUACUGCAGCUGAAUUAUGUAAAAAUUGUGAAAAUAAACCCUUUGAAAAUUUG